AUGGCUGGGAAAGGAAAGGGCAAGGGCAAGGGGAAGGGCAAGGGCAAAGGAAAGCCCGUGUUCAAUGAUAACCUCCCGUUGGAAGAGAUGUCUGAGGAGCAACUGACGGACCGCAUCGCCAAGAUGACAGAGGAGCUGGGCCGCAUCCAGGAGGAGAAAAAGAGCUUCCAGCUGAUGAGGGACCAGGUCACAGCCUUCUGGGAGAUCUCCAAGGGGAAGCUCCAGGACGUGAAGGACAAGCUGAGGGAGGGCAGCAUCGCCCGGGACGAGGCCAAGAUGCGCAACCGGGUGAAGGUGGCGAAGUACCAGCAGAAAGUGCGGCACCUGGAGUCCGAGUGUCAGAGCAACAUCUCCCAGCUGAAGCUGGACAAGGCCAGUUACUCUUCGCUCCACGACAACAAGCGCUUUGAGAUGGAGCAGGGCGCCCUGAGUGAGAUCCGCAGCCUGCAGGUGGAUCUCAGUGAGAAAGAGCUCCACAGCCAGAACCACAUCGAAGAGCUGAAGUUCGAACAGGCGGUCGAGCUGGUGGACAUUAGAGUCCCGCACGACUGGAGGACGGUGGAGCUGGAAGCCAAACACAACGCCGAGAUCCUCCCCAUGAUCGAGGCGUCGGAAAAAAAGCUGGAGGCCGAGAUCAACAUCCUGGACACGCAGAUGCAAAUACGUCUGGAGACGCUGAAGAAGGAACACGACGGCGCCUUCCGGCUGGCGCUUCAGCAGAGUUCCGAUUUUUACCAAGCCCACAUGGAGGAGAUUUGCCUGCUGGAGAAACAGCUGACCACGCUGAUGUGCCAGGGCGUGGUGCGCCAGCUGUCCUCGGCUCACAAGCAGCCGUCGUGUCCCCACGAGAGCCUCCAACAGGACAAGAAGAAGCUGCAGGAGCUAAACAAGCAGCUGGACAAGCACAACGAGGACAAGGCUAUGAGGGAGGCCAGCGAAGCUCGCGUGAGAGCGCUGGAGGACGAACUGGAGGAUUUGUCCGUCAAGCACGGGAGGCUGCUCGAGGAUCUCCAUUUCAAGGAGCUGGAGCAGGAAGACCUGCUCAGGAAGCAGGCGGAGGCUCUCCUGGAGGCACAGCACCGGAUCGGACUGAGGAAGCGGCAACUGACGCUGAAAGUGGAAGCUGUGAGCGAAACCCUGGAGAAGCUCGAGAAGAGCCUCAGCAUGUAA